AUGCGCUUCGCUACUUCUUUGACCGCUUUGGCGGUGCUUCCUGGUAUCUUUGCCGCACCGACGACGCUUGGCCACCGGACCGACUCCACGAGCAGCGCCAGCUCUCGGGCUGAUGCGGUAAAGCAGACCUUCCAGAUUGCAUGGAACGGUUACCAGAAAUACGCCUUCCCAAAUGACGAGCUGCAUCCCGUUUCGAACUCCUUUAGUAAUUCGCGCAACGGCUGGGGCGCCUCCGCUGCAGAUGCCAUUACGACCGCCAUUGUGAUGGAUCUGCCCGAUAUUGUCAAUGUGAUCCUCAACUACAUUCCUACGAUCAACUGGGGCGUCAGCUACCAGAACGAGGCGGUUAGUUUGUUCGAGACGACGAUCAGAUACAUGGCUGGGAUGCUGAGCGCUUACGACUUGUUGAAUGGACCUUGCUCCGGCAUGGCCAACAAUACCGGCAAUGUCGCCCAGCUGUUGCAGCAGGCACAGAAUCUGGCGAACAAUUUGAGCUACGCCUUCGACACACCGACUGGGAUCCCAAGCAAUAACCUGAUCUUGGCCAACCGCAGCAAUGACGGCUCAACAACCAAUAGCAUUGCCACCAUUGGCACGCUUGUGCUUGAGUGGACACGCCUGUCCGAUCUGACAGGAAACACUAAAUACGGUCAGCUUGCACAGAAAGCCGAAUCGUACCUGCUCAACCCACAACCUUCGUGGGCUCAACCGUGGCCAGGCCUUGUCGGUACCAACGUUGACAUAGCUAGCGGUCAGUUUGCUGAUGCAUCGGGCGGAUGGAAUGGCGGAGACGACAGCUUCUACGAAUACCUUAUCAAGAUGUACGUUUACGACUCAUCCAGGUUCGGCACUUACAAAGAUCGCUGGGUUGCGGCCGCCGAUAGUACCAUCAACUACCUCGCUUCGCAUCCAUCUUCCCGUCCAGACCUUACCUGGCUGGCAGCCUUCAACAACCAGACGACGAACGAGAACAGCGGCCACCUGGCGUGCUUCGACGGCGGUAACUUCAUCCUCGGUGGCCUUGUGUUGAAGAAGCAGCAAUAUGUAGACUUCGGUCUGUCGCUGGUGUCCGGCUGUGAGGACACGUAUACCCAGACGUUGACCGGCAUCGGUCCAGAGGGCUUUGGUUGGAAUAGCUCGACAAUCCCGUCCGGACAGGAAGCCUUCUACCAGAAAGCUGGGUUCUACAUCACCUCGAGCCAGUACAUCUUGCGGCCGGAGGUGAUUGAAAGCUUCUACUAUGCCUACCGUGCGACCGGCGACACCAAGUAUCAAGACUGGGCAUGGAACGCCUUCCUUGCCAUCAACAGUACGACGCACGUGGGCUCCGGUUAUUCCGAGAUUUCGAACGUGAAUGCCGCCAACGGUGGUAGCUUUCUUGACUUCCAAGAUUCGUUCUUCUUCGCAGAGGUGCUCAAGUACUCUUACUUGAUACAAGCUGCAGACGCCGUUUAUCAAGUGAACCACCGAGGAGCAAAUCAGUUCGUCUUCAACACUGAGGCUCAUCCUUUCAAGGUUGCGGGCACACCGAUAUGA